AUGCCCAACAGCUGGAAUGCCUUUCAAAGAGCCCACGCGGGCCAAGGCCUGAGCUCCUCACAAAUGUCGAGCAUGUAUAGAAGCAGUGGCGGCGGUGGUGGUGGCGGCAGCUCAUACACCAGCGGUGGUGGUGGCGGCAGCUCAUACGCCAGUGGUGGUGGUGGUGGCAGCUCAUACACCAGCGGUGGUGGUGGCGGCAGCUCGAGCUGGAACGCAUUUCAGAGUGCGCACAAGGGUCAAGGCUUGACGUCCGCCGACAUGUCGACAAUGUACAGGGCAGCCAAAUCGAAAAGCGCAGCGGCGUCGCCAAGCGUCAAGACUUCAGCGGCUGCAACCUCCUCGCUCAGCAGCUGGCAACAGUUCGAACACGAUCAUCGCGGUCAAGGGUACACCCCCUCACAACUCUCAACCUUGUACCAUCAACAAAAGCAUGACCAACUGGCAAGCCCCUCAGCAGCCGCGCCGCCGAAGACUGGCUCCAAGAAACCAGAGACUUGGAACGAAGUGCAGGCUCGCUUCAAGGGGACGGGCUUGUCUCGACAGGAGGUGUCUGAGGUUUACCAACGCCAAAAGGCAGGCACGACAGGCUUGAGCUCAAGGGUGGGCAAUCUUUCUACUGCCAGCCCCAGAAAACCAAAUAAUUGGAACGAGGUUUGUAGAUGUACCGCCGCGACACAAAGCGAACACUUUGAUUGGAUUUUGAUUCUUUCCACAACCAUUCUCACGAGCUGUGUGGCAUGCUACAUGCAGUUUCAAAGCGACCUCAAAGGCACGCCGCUCACACUCGACCAGAAGCGGGCCCUCUACCAUACGCUCAAGAGUACAAACCAAGAGAGUGUCGUGCGACCCGUGAUUCCGGAAUGGGCCGCCUCGGGACAAGACUGGUCCCAGCAGUAUCAAGAGACCACGAUGGCCCGCCAAGCGUUUGCGCGCAGCACGGAGCAUCUGCCGCCCCCACCUGCGCCUGAACCUGAGCAGAUUCAGACCACAACCGACCUUGCCAUUGAUGAGAGCAGGCUAGACUGCGGCGCGGCUAUUGGUCGUGGAGGCUUUGGCGAAGUGACAGCUGCGACGCUUGAUGGCACGCCUGUGGCGAUCAAGUUUUUGCCCGUCGGCAGCAAACGCAGCGUCAAGGCCUUUACUCAGGAGCUGGCAGCGCUUAUGGCCUUUAGCCACCCCAACGUGGUGCGCUUGUUUGGCUACACAAAAGUCAAAGAACGGCCUGGUCGCCUUGGACUUGUCAUGGAGUUUUUGGCAGGCGGCUCGCUUUGGGAUCGUCUUCAUGGCGUCGAGGCCGAGCCCUUGGAAAUCCAGCAUAAGAAUGACAUUGCUGUUCAAGUUGGCGCGGCCCUCAAGUUUGUUCAUGGCAAGGAACAUGCUCAUCGUGACCUCAAGAGCCAGAAUAUCUUGCUCAGCGUUCCUCAGCCCCAGACAAAGCUCAAGGUUUGUCUGGCCGACUUUGGCUUUGUCACCACUCGAAACCAGAUUGAGAGCACCAUGGCGUCCCAGCAAAGCUCGGCUAUUUUUGUCGGAACGCCGACCACUGCGGCUCCAGAAAUCUACGCGGAGCAAGUCGUGGAAUCUGAUGUCGUGGCCUGGCAAGCAUGCGACAUGUACGCCUUUGGUGUCGUGCUGUGGGAGAUGUUUGAGGAGGAUGAGCCACACUUUGGCAAACGACCUGCCGAGAUCAAGAAGAUUGUCACCAAUCCUGAUCCAAAGGCUCGACUGCCCUUUACUGCUGCGACCCCUGAGACCCUGCAGCAGCUCAUUCACCAGGUGUGGUCGUUUGAUCCCAAGAAGCGUCCAACCGCUGCCGAUUUCCUGCCGCGGCUGCAGAAAGAGCUUGGCUGA